AAUGUUGAAAUGUUGGUUGAAGGAAAAUGAACAUGCUGACGCAGCAUAGCUUUCUCUCUUUCCAACCUAAGUUGACUAAUCUGUCUGACCUCUCUGCACAAAAGCACGUUAUUAAUGGUCCCUUUUUGACCACUCACUUUGCGUAUUCUCAAUCGUCUUCCUCGAAGGAAAAACAAAAAAAAAGAAAAAAAAUAAAUUGUUUUCCUCCACCCUCCCCAAGCUAACCGUUGACUAAGCACCACACUUGAUUAUCCUUUCUCUCUCCGCUCAUGGCGGUUUGGUCUCCGGGGAAUUGCUAACCAGGUUCAUUGAAUCUGGGCGUGUAGCCCUAGAACCUGAAAAUCAAGGGUUUUUGGCCGGACUAAGGUUAGGGAAAAGCUUCAACUGGUCGAAUCGACCUUUUUUAUUUCUACUGUUUUCCCUUGGUGAUGGUAUUUGAAAAGAUUCGACCGCAUCUCUAGCUGAUUACCUUAAUUUAAUGGGUAUCGAUUGAGAUUUUGUCUGAUCUGUAGAUUUAUAUGUAUAUCUAGAGCAUAGAUGAGGUUUUCGAGUAUUUGGGGGGACUGACUAUUGUUGUGGCUGUUUGAUUUUGCGUUUGGAAAUCAUGAAGAGACUGAGGUCGAGCGACGAUCUCCACUCUUACGGGGAGAAGAAAGAUGGUGUUAAAGAUUGGGGAAAAAAGGAGGACUCUGGAUUGCAGCGUUCGUCUUCGUCUCUGCACAGGAGCUCCUCCUAUUACAGAUCCUCGGACAUGGGCAGGAAGGUUCUAUCUUCAUCAUCAUCGAGGUUGGAUCGGCCUGAAGAUGAUAGGGAGAGCUCGAAACUGGUCAGGAAGCGGACGGAAUACGAUUCAGAGAAUUAUGAUCACAGGAAGACUUAUGAUCGUUAUAGAGACGGAAAAGACAGACCUACGUAUGUUAUGGACCAGAUGUAUAGGUCGGAAAGCUUUUCUGGACAAAGGAGAGACUUCCCAAAGGGGUUUAGGUCUGAGAGGGACAGGCCUAACAGGGACAAUAUCGCCACAUCGUGGAGGAGAUUCGGAAGUGGUAUAGAUAGUGAUGAUGGGUCGAGGAGUGGGACUGAGACGAGCAGAGGGAGUAGAAUGGAGUCUAAGGAAGUUGGAAAGUCAAGGUCUAAGGAUUCUGGAAGUGAGCGCUCGAAGAGUGUCGAGGGAAGGAAGUGUGAUGAUAUGCCGGUGGAGAGUGAACGGGAGGAAGGUGAGCUGGAACCUGAUCCUCAGCCGCAAGUGCCAUUGGCUGAGGAUGAUAAAGCUGCUGUUGGAAGGAGCUCGCCCCAAAAGGAGGCGAAUGGUGGAUCUCAUUUUGAGGAUAAUAGUGCUUUGCGAGAAAGGGAGAGCUUCUUGCCUGUUGAUAUUGGGGAUGCAAGUAAAGGGAGUAGCUGGGAGGAACAAGCAGAGUGUGAAGUAUCUAAGGAUGUUGAGGAUGGUGUGGGAAAAAAUAAUGACUUGGCAGGUUUUCAGGAUGCGUCGUUCAAAAAGGGAGGUGGAAGUGGAGAUGAGAACGAUAUAAAUGAUGAAAAUGGGGGUGAAAACAAUGUUGUUGUGGAUACAGUUGGAGGCUCUUUGGAGGAGGAUGCAGACAGUACAUGUGGUGGCAAGUUAUCCAUACAAGAGCAAGAGGAAGAAAGAGGUGUUGAUAUCAAAAUGAAAGUGAAUGAAAUCAUGGAGGCUGGAAAUGGGGAAAUAACAUCUGGAAGCGGGCUUCCAUUUGCGGAGAAAACGACCCUGAGUUUGAAGGAUAAGGGCAAAGGUGUUGCUUUAUUGCCUUUCGGCGGUGUUCCCUUCACAGAAUUUACUUUGGAUGCCGAAAAUAAAGCAUUGGAUCAUCGAACAACUGCCAACGUGGAAAGUGAAGGGCCGAGUGCCAGGGGAUUUCAAUUUUUCUCUGCAGAUCCAGUUAAGAAGGCAGAGGAAGUGGAGCAAGCAACAUGUAACAAGCAAAAAGAUGAUAAGUUAGCGCUUGAACUUUCACUUAGCUUGCCAAAUGUCUUAUUGCCUAUCGGCGCUCAGAAUAGAGGACCGGCUCCUGGUUCUCCAAGCCAUGGGAGAAGUAUUCACUCAUUUGCCAGCUCGUUUCGGACAAAUUCUGAUGGGUUUACUGCUUCAAUGUCGUUUUCUGGUUCCCAGCAUUUCAGUCACAAUCCCAGCUGUUCUCUGACUCAUGAUGCACUUGAUUUUGAACAAUCUGUCAAAAGUAAACCAUUGUUUCAAGGGGUGGAUUGGAAAGCUUUGGCGGAAGAGAAUAAGAGUAAAGAGGCUUCAGCUCAUCAGGGAAUGCCAUCACGAGAAAACGGCUUCAUUCAGCAGUCUAAAUCGUCUCAAGGCAAGUCCAGUGGACAAGCUCCAGUGCAGAAUGCAAGAGGUACAGGAAGCAGCUCCAAAUUACCAAUUGUGCUGGAAAGGCAAUUAAGUUUGAAUACACAUUUAUUGGGAACACGGAAUUUUGGCUCCUACGAAAAUGUACUCGAGCAUUGUGCAGAGAGGAGACAAUUGGUGCCUGAGAAAGAUUCUGGUAGUUUACACCGGCUCAAUGGCCCAGAUGAGAAAGAACUUUCUCAGUCAAUGGUGAUUGGAUCCGACUUUGCCGAAUCAAUAGUUACUAUGAUAGUUUCCGAACCUCUACAUGUAUUGGCUAAGAGGUUUAGUGAUAUGACUGGGAAACAAAAGGCAAGUGUCAAAGAAUUUGUCCUCGACAUGAUUUCGAACCCCACGAAGCAAUGGCAGCUGAGUGCUCUUCAGAAGGCUUUGCAGAAGAGGCCGGAUGUGACCUUGGAUAUGCUACUGAAUGCACAUAGCACUCAACUGGAGAUCUUGGUGGCACUGAAAACGGGUCUUCGGGAAUUUCUUUUACAGACAUAUGACAUCCCGACUUCUGAUCUGGCUGAAAUAUUUCUGAACAUGAGAUGCAGAAACCUCAACUGCAAGAGUGUCCUGCCUGUAGAUGAAUGUGACUGCAAGAUUUGCUCUCGGAGGAGUGAUUUUUGCCGGGAAUGCAUGUGUCUUGUGUGUUCAAAGUUCGACAUGGCUUCGAACACAUGUAGUUGGGUCGGGUGUGAUGUUUGCUUGCAUUGGUGCCAUGCGGAUUGUGGGUUGCGAGAAUCUCAUAUUAGAAAUGGUAAAAGUGCAGCGGGUCCCCAUGGCACAAUGGAAAUGCAGUUCUAUUGUGUUGCCUGCGGUCAUCCAUCUGAGAUGUUUGGUUUCGUGAAGGAAGUUUUCCAGAACUUUGUGAAGGAUUGGACUGCCGAAAACCUUGCUAGGGAACUUGAAUAUGUGAGAAGGAUAUUUUUUGCGAGUGAGGACGUGAGAGGAAAACAGCUGCAUGAUACUGCAGUGAGCAUGCUGUCCAAAUUGGCUAAUAGAUCAGAUCUUCUGGACGUGCAGAAUCGUAUCGUGAAUUUUUUCAAUGAAACCAAAUUCGACAGGCCUGCCAACAUCACAUCAAUCGAAUCCCACAAGGAGCUAUCUACUAGAAACCAAGAAGCCAUCAACGGCAUUACCAGGCCUGACCUAGGGGCUUCUGGAUGGUUGAAGCCCGUCUAUCCAGAUAAGCCUCCACAUUUCGAAAGCUCCUUCAAAUUAGUCCCUGAACUCGAUAUAAGCAGGAACGAUAAAUAUGCUACGAACUUGGAUCUUUCAAGAACUUCUCAAAAAGAACCCAUAUUUGACGAACUAGAAAGCAUCGUGAGAAUCAAACAUGCAGAGGCCAAGAUGUUCAGAACGCGUGCAGAGGACGCAAGAAAAGAGUCCGAGGCCCUUAAGCGCAUUGUGGUUACUAAAAGUGAAAGAAUCGAGGAGGAGUACACAAGCCGGAUCACUAAGUUGCGUUUGGCAGAGGCUGAGGAAAUGCAAAAACAGAAAUUAGAGGAGCUUCAGGCUCAUGAACAGGCGUAUCAAGAGUAUGUCAAUAUGAAGAUGAGGAUGGAGACGGAUAUUAAGGAUCUUCUGUUGAAAAUGGAAGCAACAAGGAGCAACUUCUCUGCAUGAUUGGCCAGGGUUGUUUUUAGGUAUGGGCUCUCAUGCGGCGGGGAUGG